UUCCGUUCGGCUUUUGCUUGUGCGUUUAAUUAAGAUUUUUUAAUAAUUUUACAUAUAUUAAUAUAAACUUAAGCAUAAAGCGCAAUGCAGUCUGUUCUAAAAACAACUUUAAAUGUUGCUCGUAAAUCGACGCAGUUACGGCAAAUAGCAUCUAUUGCUGCUCUUUCGGAGACCCAUCAAAUGCUGCAGAAGACCUGCCGAGACUUUGCCAACGCGGAGCUGUGUCCAAAUGCAGCUAAAUUUGAUCGUGAACAUCUCUAUCCGGCGCAACAGAUUAAACAAAUGGGAGAGCUUGGACUUAUGGCCAUAUCAGUGCCAGAAGAGCUUGGCGGCACGGGUCUGGACUAUAUGGCGUAUGCUAUUGCCUUGGAGGAAAUCUCACGCGGCUGCGCUUCUGCUGGCGUUAUCAUGUCAGUUAACAACUCGCUGUACCUUGGACCUUUGGAUGGGUAUGGAAAUGCUGCUCAGAAAGCUGCUUACAUAACGCCAUAUACAACAGGCGAGCGUGUGGGUUGCUUUGCGCUCUCCGAACCGGGCAAUGGCUCCGAUGCAGGUGCCGCAUCUACUGUGGCAACGGAGAAAGGCGAUCGUUAUGUUUUAAAUGGCACCAAGGCGUGGAUUACAAACGCUUUUGAGGCAGAGGCAGCUAUUGUGUUUGCUACAACCAACAAGCAGUUGAAACAUAAAGGCAUCUCCGCUUUUAUAGUGCCCAAGGACAUAAAAGGCUUUUCGCUGGGUAAAAAGGAGGACAAGCUUGGUAUACGCGGCUCCUCUACCUGUCAGCUUAUAUUUGAAGACUGUGAAAUACCCAAAGAGAACCUGCUUGGCCAAACGGGAGCAGGUUUUAAGAUAGCCAUGCAGACGCUAGAUGCCGGACGCAUUGGCAUUGCCGCUCAGGCGCUGGGCAUUGCACAGGCAUCUCUAGAGCUGGCUGUGGACUACUCCCAGAAGCGUCAGGCAUUUGGCAAGCCCAUAUCAAAGCUACAAGCUAUUCAACAAAAGAUUGCAGACAUGUCCCUAGCUGUGGAAUCAGCACGUCUCUUGACUUGGCGCGCCGCCUGGCUGAAAGAUAAUAAACUACCGUACACGAAGGAGGCAGCAAUGGGAAAGUUGGCCGCCUCUGAAGCAGCAACACUCUGCGCACAUCAGUGUAUUCAAGUCCUAGGCGGCAUGGGAUAUGUAACUGACAUGGCGGCAGAGCGUCAUUACCGUGAUGCUCGCAUUACUGAAAUAUACGAAGGAACCUCCGAAAUACAGCGCUUGGUUAUCGCUGGCUCAAUACUGAAGGAAUACUCCAAUUAAUAUUAAUUUUAAGUACAUUUGUAGUCGCAAUGCAAUAUCUUUUGUAACACACUUUUAUUGAUUUUUAACUUUUAUAAAAAACUACCUAUU